GGCGUCUGCGAGCCUCUCGGCCAAUCGCCGGGCCCACCGCGCGCGCCCCUGGUUGCCCCUGGAAACCCAACAGCCGGCGUCCGGGCUCCGCCGCGCCGGCUGACCCUGAGAGACAUGGACGGCAGCUCCGAGCACCGUGGGGACCCAGAGGGGGAAGACGGAGAUGGGACCAACCUGUCCUCCAAGCUGUCCGGGAUUAAGGCCGCCUCCGGCCCCCACUCCCCGGCCGAACCGCUCGAGCCGGAGCCAGAGCUGGGGGCCGUAGAGCCGGAGCAGGGGGCCGUAGAGUCUUCGGAGGGAGGCGCCGCCGGCGACGAGGUCGCCGAGGCCCGGGAAGCGCCGGAGGUCCCCGAGGCUGUGGACCAGGCGGGACCCGGGGAGCCGGAGCCGCCGACCGAGGCUGAGACCCAGCCGGAACCCCGGGAGGCGGCCGACGCUGGGCCUGAGGAGGCUGCCCCGCCGGAGCCCGGAGGCUGGUCCGCGGAACCGGAGGAGCGGGCGGAGGAGGAGCGGGAGGAGGCGAAGGACGAGGAGGACGAGGAGGAAGAAGAGGGAGAGGAGGAGGAGGAGGAGGAGGCCGCGGCAGCCGCGCUCAAGUGGAGGCGGAAGAAAGAGCCCUUGGCCGCCUCGGGGCGGCCGUCCACCCCUGGCCGGGAAGAGGCUCCGCCGACCCAGGAGGCUGAGCAGGGGGAGGGGGGGAAGGGGGAGGAGAGCGAGGAAAUCAAGGAGAGGGGUGCGCAAGGAAGCCCAGCGAAAAGCCAGCAAAGGGAGGAAGGCGAGCGACGGGACCUCGAGGACGAGGAAUGGACGGAGGAGAUGCAGAAGCUGCAGGAGCAGCAGCUGCGCGAGGAGCUCCUGGAACAGUACCGGUCGCUGGUGGUCGAGCGCAGCAACUACCAGCGCUACAACAACUACCUGCAGCACAAGAUCUCUGAGGCGCUGCGCAAGAAGAAGGGCCUGGAUGCCGCCGAGGUGCCCGAUAAGGGCCCGGAGCCCGAUGCCCCUGAGAAAGAGCAAGCAUACCUCCGCCAUCUGGCCUUGCUGGAGGAGCUGAGGAAGCAGCAGGCGGACGACCUGGAGUGGUACCACCAGGAGCUGGAGCAGCUGCAGGAGCAGUGCAGGGAGGUGCUGUCCAGGGUGGAGAAGGAGUGGGCCGGCUUCCAGGCACUCAAGAAGCAGGUGGUGACGCAGGCCAUGGGCACCUGUUGGGUGCGUGGUGGCCGCCAGGCUGCCCUGCGAGAGGUGGAGCAGAUCCAGGCGCUGGAGGAUAAGAAGGAGAAGGAGAUGAGCGCCGUGAGACUAGAGAACGUGCAGCUGAAGCAGAGCUUGGUGCACUUUGAGACGCGGAUGAAGGCCCAGGAGGACCUGACGGAGGGGCUGCUCCUCAUCGAUUUUGAACAGCUGAAGAUUGAGAACCAGACCUUCAACGAAAAAGUGGAGGAGCGGAACGAGGAACUUUUAAAACUGCACAACAAAGUGACCAACAACGUACAGAUCAUAACCCACGUGAAGGAGAAGCUACACUUCGUGGACAUAGAAAACAUGUGCAAAAAGACACAGCUUUUGGAAACUGAGGCUCAGGUGGCCCUGAAGAGGGACAUCCUGACCAGGACGAAGAAGGCCCGGGACAGCCUGAGGGCUGACAACAUCAAGCUGAAUCAGAAGUGCGGGCUCCUGGGCAAGGAGCUCCUGCUCCGGGACAUGGAGGAGAAAGUGGACAGGACAGAAGCCCUCAACCAGCGUAUUGAGUCCCUGAAGCGCCAUCAUGCUGGCCUUACUAUGUCCUGCAGAGGUGUGAGGCAGAAGAUCAGGGAAGCCAAAGCCUUUCUCCCAUCUUAACCCCCACAACGGGAAGUAUCCACACGACAUCUUCAAUGUCAGCAACUUUUUCUAGCCUUCAUUAAUUCUUAAGUCUCCACAUGUGGCCAUUCUUUAAAAGGCUUCUGGUCUUGGGGAUGAAGCUGAAUUUUGUAUUAAUCUCAUCAUUGUCAGCUCCUAAAUUAGUCCUGAGCACAAUUGGGUUAGCUGUCCAUUUUACACAGGGUGAAGUCAGGCCCAGAGACUUGACGACUUACUGUACGUGACUUCUCAUAAAAAAGCUGUCAGAAGCCUUGUUGUAUCUGAGAAAGUCCGUAAUUUCAAUGACUCGAUCCUGUCGAAAACUGUUCCUCUUCCAUAUAUCAGAGGGCUCAACAAACAGGUGGGGGAGCAAGAAAUGUCCUGUGCUUAUAUAAGCUAAUUAUUAAAUUCCCUUUGAAUAUAUUAAACUGUGUCAUUCUGAGUCACAUCCUCAACACGAAGCUCACUAGUUUCCUUCGAUGAAUCUAAACUUGUUUCGUAUGUAAGCAGGCUUCUGGGUAAUAAGAGGAGGGAAACAGGAGAAAUGGUAACUAGGAGAAGGAGCUGACGUUCUGUCCUCUUUCCUCUUUCCAUGAGAGGAGGCUCAGUCUGCUUGACCAUUAACGUUUCCUUCUGGCUCAACGACAGUCUGCAAUUCUAAUGAAAUGUUUCCUGGGAUCCUCUAAAGAAAUACAAAAACAUGAAAUUUUGUUUUCCAGUGAGGACAAAAUGAUGAUUGCACAGUGUGUCUGGCCAGAAUGCCUGUAAGCCUUUUGUUCUCGGCAGGCAAGGUAUUUUUGGAUCUUGGCAAGAGGACCCUUACUGUGCAUGUGAUUUUUCUGUAUCAAAUGUAAACGUGUCUACUAUUCCUUGUGUUAAUGUAAGAAACACCUGAUAGGCCUACCUCUUUCAUCCAGAAUUGGGGAUUCCAUUUCCAACUUUCUUUGGUGGUUUUGAAGCUAGGGGCUUGGUUUUAUUUCUUCUUAAUUUUAAAUUGAGUUCUGAGAUGCGCAGAUUUGGGGUUAGAAGUAUCCUCCUGUCCCCAAGUUUAAGUAGGUCAUAAGAAGGAUGAGUUAGGGGGUAACUGGGUGGCUCAGUAGGUUAAAGUCUGUGCCUUCAGCCCAGGUCAUGAUCCAGG